UCAAUCCAUUUUUUUUUACAGAAAACUCAAUACAUCAGAAACCUAUUCUUUUAUAGGAAAAAAAAUAAACAAAAAUAGCCCAGAAAUCUUUUUUCUUUACUUUCACAAAGUAAAUAUCUUUUUUUGUUUUGGGGAAGCGGCGCAAAAAUCGAGAAGAGAGAAACGAAAAUGAGAAGAGACCCUCAAUACUAAAAACAUUAGAAAAACCAAAAAAGUAGAGAGAGAAAAGAAAGGUAGAAGAGUAAAAUGGGGAUCUAAAAAACUCUUAAAUUUACGGGCAGAAGGUGCGGGGCAGCGGGCAGUUCUCGGGCACCACCGGAACUUCAGACCGUUACCGGCGGUGAUCUAACGGCGGAGAUAGAAAGAAUUAGCUUAUUUCAAAAAUGUUGAUCAGAUCCAACCGUUCAUCUGAAAAAUUAUUCUGAUUUGAUUCAUUUUUGAUUGAUUUCAAAUAUUUCUUUCAAUCUCUCUCUCUUUGAUCUGAUUGCUGCUCACUUUUUUCUGGGCUUUGAAUUUAUACCCACUCUUUCUCUCUCCUCUUGUAUCUAAUCCCAGCUUUUCUUACCCAGUUUGGUUUCAGGUGUCAUCAAGCUCAUUAGGUGCAUGUAUUAAAAGACCAGACUAGUCCAAAAUAAGAUGUCCUUCAAGGGCAUCGUUAGGGAGCUGAAAGAAAUGAGAGAGGGGAUAGGAAACCGGUCUAGACGGGGAGAAGGAGGGAGGCAGUGGCGUGGGAGAACAAGAUCACAUAUUGCACCUGACCAGGCAUCACCUAAUAUUGAAGAAGUUGAGCAAGGUCGGUGGGCGAAUUUGCCAUCCGAAUUGCUUUUGGAUAUCAUUAGGAGGGUUGAAGAUACUGAGACAUCAUGGCCUGCUAGAAGUGUUGUAGUAUUUUGUGCUGCCGUUUGUAGAUCGUGGAGAGAUGUUACCAAAGAAAUAGUUCAGACUCCAGAACAGUGUGGAAGGAUCACUUUUCCGAUCUCUUUAAAGCAGCCUGGAUCGCGUGAUCAGCCUAUACAAUGUUUUAUCAAAAGGGAUAGAGCAACUUCUACUUUCCGCCUUUACUAUGGAUUGACGCCAUCUGAAGAAGAAAACGAUAAAUUAUUAUUGGCUGCUAGGAAGAUCAGAAGAGCAACAAGCACAGAUUUUGUAAUAUCUUUAGUUGCAGACGACUUCUCAAGAGCUAGUAAUGCAUAUGUUGGAAAGCUCAGGUCAAAUUUUUUGGGCACCAAAUUCACCGUGUAUGACAGCCAACCCCCACAAGAUGCAGCAGUUAAAACUAACAGUCGGUCCAGCCGGAGGUUUCAUUCUAAGCAGGUCUCUCCUAGAGUGCCUGCUUACAAUUAUAGCAUAGCAACCAUCUCUUAUGAGCUUAGUGUUCUCCGCACCCGAGGGCCUAGGAGAUUACAUUGUGUCAUUCACUCCAUUCCUCUAGCUUCCAUUCAAGAGGGAGGAUCUGCCCCAACUCCUCAAUCUUUUCCUCGAUCAAUUCAUGAGCAAUGUCCACCCUCACCAGGCUUGCAAGGGAAGGAACAACCUAUCAGUUUUAGCUCCACCAGUCUAUCAGAGCCACCACCUACCGUCUCAGAUGACCGACUCAUACUUAAAAACAAAGCUCCUAGAUGGCAUGAGCAGCUGCAGUGUUGGUGCUUGAACUUCAGAGGCCGGGUAACAGUUGCCUCUGUCAAGAAUUUUCAGCUUGUGGCAGCUGUUGAGCCACACCACAACAUCCCUGUUGCUGAGCAAGAAAAGGUAAUACUACAAUUUGGAAAGAUUGGAAAAGAUAUAUUCACCAUGGAUUAUCACUAUCCACUCUCUGCUUUUCAAGCCUUUGCGAUCUGCCUUAGCAGCUUUGACACAAAGCCAGCAUGCGAAUGACUUCUAGGGUUGGUUUUCAUGAGUUUCUCAUCCCUUGUAAGGCUUUCCCUGUGAAAGUUCACCAGGCAUCUGCAUCGAUGGCCAUGAGUGCCACCCUGCAGAUUGUGGCGAGUGCUCUUAACUGUGUAAUCAUGGAAAUUUUUAUUGCAAAACAUCAAUGGAUGUAUAUUUAUGGUGCCAGGGGAAGUAGGUUAUGUUGUAAUUUCAUUUUCCUUCAACUCGGUAUUAUUUACAUGUACUCUCCUCAAGAGAUACCGAUGGUUCAUGCAACCCCUUUUGGUUAGUUUGAUCUGCUUAUCAGUUUUGCACUGAGAAUGGGUUAAUCCUGAUAUUGAAUUGAGAUAAGGUAUAUACCAAAGCAUAGUUGGCAAUGA